AUGAAGCCCGUUCUUUUCUUCGUCGUCCUUGCUGCUUUGGCUCUCGGAAGCCAAGCUGCUCCGUCCGCUUGCGAUUCUUGCCAGUCGGUUAGUGGUCCCAUUCACGUCCUUCUCAUUUACUGUACACUUUAGAUGGUGCAAAACUUCAUCGACGCUUCCAAGGAUCAAUUUAAGAUGGCUCAGCUGAAGGUCUCCCUUUCGAUGCUCUGCGCCGGAACUUCCCACCAAUCCGACUGCCACAAGACUCUUGACAAACUCGACUUCAUCGCUUACAAGCUGGCUCCGUACCUGGUAGUCCUUACCAGUUGGUCUGUUUCAUCUGAAGUAUGAGUUCAGGCCGACACUGCUGCCGUUUGCUCCAAACUCCAAAUGUGCGGCGAGUCGAAGUUCUCUCCGCUCUCUCGUCUUGCCAUGCUUUUCCUGAAGAAGUCGCAGAGCGUCGUCGCCAAUGAUAACAUCAUGGUAUUUGUGAUUGAUAACUGCCUCGGUUUGUGAUCACAUGACUUCCAGAAACAACAAGUUUGCGAGGAGUGCCAGGCAUCGACCAACCAACUCAGCCAACUUUUCAGCGAUGAGUUCACUUCCUACGCUGUGAGUGAUUCUAGUAAACUGUAAUUCAAAUGAGGCUUUCAGGUCAAAUCGAGCAUCCAACGUCUUGUCUGCCGCAGUGCCGGAAAGGCUAACAAGGCCUGCAACAUCGUCAUGGCGUCGGUGAUUCCAGAUCUGAUGACUGAGAUGAGCGAGAUCUUCGCCGAAAAGGAAAUGCUCUGUGGAAACAUGGGAUUCUGCUCUGCUGCGAUGACACCCAUUCACCAACGUGAAGUUCCGCAACAAUCUCUCUCUGAUCUCUGGAAGUCUAUGGGAAUGGUAAAGACUAGCAACGGAGAAGAGCUCAUGUCGUGCUUCGAGUGCACGCUCUCCGUUGACACCCUUCUCGAAGAGUUCAUCAAUAAGAGAGUGAGUUUGAGCACCAGAAACAAAAGGAAAAGGGCCAAUUACAGCAAGCGACAGCCGAUGACAUUCAAGCGAUGGUCUGCAGCAAGGUCGUCGGAAACUGGACUGAUGGAUGCAACGACUUCGUGCACAUGUACAUGUCGACCGUUCUGUACUUGACCUACAACCAAUUCGACGGAAGAGCCAUCUGUACCGCCAUGCACUCGUGCGAAAAGAAGAGCGGUACAAAGUAGAAAAGUUCAAAGAGAACACAUUCAUUAAUUCAGCUCUUCUGGAGAUGUCUCAACCUGAAAAAGCGAAGAUUGGCUGCGAGAAUUGCGCUGCUGUCGAAAAGUUCAUUGCCAUGAACAACGGAGAGCUCCACGCUCACGCGGUCAACGCUUUCUCCGCAAACGUCUGCCAGAAGCUGCCGUCCUCGCUCGGAUAUGCGGUAUUCCCGUCUCCAACCUCAUUCACUAUCAUCCGAUUCCUUUUCAGUGCGAGCGCACGGCCUCCCGUCUCUCCGGCAAGAUGUUCUCGCGUGUCGCCCAACUCGCCAGCAGCGGAGUGAUGUGCUCGCAGGUUUGUCCAAAUAUUUGAGAGCCAUCAUCUUUUUAGAAUGACGGUCGGAAGCCGACAUCAAUGUUCAUCUUACAGGUCUGCUAG